AUGACCACCAGCCCACCAGUGAUUUCGACCAGUACGAUGCUUGGCUUACCCUCAGCCAAGAUCAUGACAUCAGGAUCUUCAAACGACAGGCCGGGCUCUGCCAGCGCCGACUACGCCUCUGUCUUGCAUACUGCGCCUGCGUUCUAUUCCUCGUUCUCUUUUGGCCUCAAUAGCCUUCAGGAGCGGCAUAAUGGCGCCUCGUUUUCUCCGAAUCUCCAUCAGCAACACCAAAAUCUACUCCAUCACCCUCAGCUUUCAACUCAUAACCAAUAUCAACUCGACUCUGAUGCUCUUCGGUCCGUUGCACAGACUCCACAUCAUUGCAUUCAACCGAGCACCCCCAUCCAUGCUGGCUACAUGGAAACAGCUCGGCAAGCUCACUUGUCGCAGCUUAUCGAGCAAAAUACCAGUCCAGGGCCUCCGCUUCAUACGGGACUCAAGUCUGAAUCUUCCCCGGUGCACAUCAAUGGUUGCACAUCGAUCGGACAACUGGAAUUCUUGCACCCUUCAGACCUACCAUCAGAUGAACGUAUCGACUUUUCCCUAUUCCCCGCAACUCCUGGCCACAUGUUAGCCUCCCAAUUUCACCAACCACAACACUUGGAAUAUGAUCAUCACCUCCAACUUCGACGCCCCCUUCUGCCCCAUUCACACCACAGCCGUGAGCAACCCAACCAUCAUCCAAACUCGCAUCCCCUUGAGCAGUGUGGUCAGAACGAACUUCAGCAGUCUGAUCCAAGGCAUAUACAACUUCCAACAGAAACCCUUUUUCCUGCCAGAGAUGUAAGCAUGGCAAACGGAGGGCCGGGUGUCAGUCAGGCUAGAGAGGAGCAGUUGUCUGGAGGUACGACGACGAUCCCCUCGGUCUGGACAGCUUGUCCUUCAGUUUCCUCGGCCUCCUCCUCUUCCUCGUCCUCUUCUUCCCUCGCUUCCGUGUGCUCCACUUCGUCGGCCUCAUUGUUGGUUGACACGUUCCCAGUCGCCAUGCCGGGGGCUUAUUCGGCAGCAGACACACGAGUCAGCCUAUACGAUUCGGCCACUCCUCUAGAAGAGGCUCUUUCGCCAAACAGUUGCCUUAAGACUUUGGCCUACUACCAGGAAAGAGCAUCUGGUACUCUGGAAUCACAAGAGACAAAAGAGAUUACCACCUUUAGACAAAUGCAAACACCCAAUCUGGCUCCCUCUUUCCUGCUCUCGUCAGCCUCCUCCUCUUCGUCUUCUUCUUCUUCGUCCUCAUUAGCUUCGUCAACUCAUUCCUCCUCUUCCUCCUCCUCCACCACCUCAACAUCCUCCUCACUGUCUGCACAUUCGGUUUAUUCUUUGCCAGAAGUUCAUAUGCCUGUCACCACCUCCCUCAGCAGUGGUCCUAUCCGACCAGCCACAGGACAAGACUCACCCUGCGCUGGUGUAGUAGACAAUGCCAGUCUCAUCGCAUCAUCUGGAUUCCAGGAAAGACUGGCCGAAUUCGACUUGGGACUUAAACCGGUGAAUAGCACAUCCUCUUCAGCAAUAUCGUCACCUGUAAGAGACGAAAACCAGGGACAGGAUUCUCAUGCGUUCUCUAUCUUGUCGAGGUCCAUCUCGCAAAGCAUAACGAGAGACUUGAUGGAGGACUUGAAGAAAAAAGCAGCUGCAGAAGCAGCAGCAACAGAAGAAGAAGAAGAAGAAGAAGAAGAAGAAGGAGGAGACGAUGAAGAAGAGGGAACAGAAGGUAGACGAAAACUUGUGAGGGAUAGGAAUCAUAGGGGGUCAUUAGAAGGGUCCCUAUGCCAAGAAAAGUGUAUGUCAUUCCAAGGCCCUUCCAUCUGCACUUCGGUCGAUGAUGCGCCCGGCAACUGUCUAGCACGAGGCGCACGAUCUGGUCGUCGAAUCAGCCAAGCUUCAGUCACCAUGACUGCUGGCCAAAUCAGUCGUGUCAGCAAGGCUCGGCAGCCUCGCACUACUUCAGUUUUGACGGAGGUGGCAAUCAACGGUGCUUGCAAACUCGACGAUGUUUUGUUUGUUGAUAGGCUAGAAAUGGCCGCCAACGACACUUCCAAGCUGCCGACAGUCGCUACCUCGAUAGUCGAAAAAUGCAGUACUAGGAUGUCGAGUACCGGCUCAAUUGAUAGACCGGCCUCUGGUUACUCUGAAGAAGAUAGCAACGGCUCGCAACCACGGUCCAUAUUGGAGGGCAAGCCGGUAUUCUCCUAUCCGACAGGUCCAGAAUCCAACUUCUCCUCAGUCUUAAACUUGGAACAGAGGCAUAAAGAGGUAAAAAGGCCAGAUAAAGUUGGAAGAGUGGUAGCAAGCAUGCCUUCUGGAUUCGUCUCUUAUCCAUUUUCGUAUGCCGUUGACAAAGUCUACCUUCAGCAGGCCGGUUCAAUUAGCCGAGACGAUGAGGAAGGCGAGGAAGAAGAAGAAGAAGACGAAGAAGAAGAAGAAGAAGAAGAAGAAGAGGAUGAAGAAGAA